AUGAGUCAUAAGCGUCGCAAAUUAGGGGAUUCCUCCUCGUUGGCCUGUGUGGUCAGGGUGCCAGAAGAUCAAAUUAAAAACUUGAGCGAGAGGAAUAUAAAAAUUCCCUCCCUUCCCCCGUGUCUUAACGGGGCUAAACUGUUUUGCAAGUCCUCUAAGGAUUUCGAGGCCGUCGAGAAACUUAGACAACGCUAUCAGAAACGUGUUCCAAACAGGACUGAUGUGUCAAAGAAAAGACCCCGGAAGGAGCCUUCGGGCGACUUUUGGUCUAGAGUUGACUCAGGGGAAAUUGACAUAGGCAGCGAGUUGGAGAAGAAAAAAAUAAGGGCCAUUCCAGUGUUCUCGCCCGUCAAUAUGAAAAUCAAAAAUUACGAAAUCAUAACUUGGAGUGUUUCUGAGUAUUCAUACAAGACUACUCCCUACGGCGAAGUUUAUUACUCCCCCAGAUUCCAGGACGACAAGUACAUCUAUCGCUACGUGAUGCUGUCCAAGGGCGUCAAGGAGGAGGCUUACCGUAUUCUGAAGCGUUCGAAGACUUUUCUUUUGACGGAGCAUCAGAUUCUUCGCGAACUGAACAUCGACUUAUCUCUCGGCUGGGAGCACUUUAUGCUUUACAAGAACAGGCUCGACGAACUAAUUCUGCGCAGAAGACUGUAA